CCCAGAUAAAGGUAUUGCCUGAAGGAGCUGCAGAAGCUCCCGGGGCACUGGAAAGGGCCAAACACGGCACGCUUGGCCCCGGCACAUGGGAUGCGGGAUGGCAGGCUGCCUGCGCCAAGGCCGGCUGCUCUCACUGCUCCCUGCCAUCCUGAUCAGCCUCCACAGCCUGCCAUCAACCCCUGAGCCAGUGACAUCCCAAGAUGCUGCUCUGCUGGCAGAGGUGCCUGAGGACAUUCUCUGCUUCUCCCGCUCCUUCGAGGACCUCACUUGCUUCUGGGAUGAGGAGGAGGAGGCAAGUGGCAUGUGCCACUUCUACUACUGGUACAGCAGAGAUGUGCCCACAGCAUGCACAGUUUCCACAUGGCACCACGGGGCUGGUGGGAUCCGGCACGUCUGCAUCUUCCCCAGCCAGGACGUGCGGCUCUUCACCCAGCUCCAUCUCCGUGUCCUGGACGCCACCACCAACCAGACCAAGUACUGGCGGGAGCUCAGCGUGGAUGCAGUGGGUCUCAUCGCUCCCCCAGCAAACAUCACCGCCCGCUGGGCUGGGGCUGUGGGGCAGCUCUGCGUGUCAUGGCAGCCACCGCUCAGCGACUACCUGGACUUCUUCCUCUACGAGGUGCGGUUCUGCCCUGCUGGCUCCUCACAGAUGCCAUGCAGCACCAUGUUGGACUCCAGUGGGGAGCGCCCACGGGACCCCUCCGUCAAUCCAUCUCUCAGCACCCACACACCCACGGCCGGGGCAGCUGCAGCCUCCCUGGGAGUGGGGCAGGGGCUGGUCCAGGCUAACACCUGGGUGGUCCUCCGGGACCUGCAGCCAGGAGUGAGGUACCACAUCCAGGUGCGCAGCAAGCCUGACGGCACCUCCUUGGACGGCGUCUGGGGGUCCUGGUCACAGGCAGUGUCUGCAGAGACGCCCCAUUCCUCUGGAGACAUCGGGCUGUGCUGCAGCACCCCUGACCUGCAGCACAUGCGCUGUGAGUGGAGCUGGGACCCCACAGAGACAGGCAGCUCCCACCAGCUCUUCUACCAGGCACCUCCGAGUGGCGUCGGCAUGAGGGAAGAUGGAUGGCAGCAGUGUGAGGAGGUGAGUGUGGGGGCACAGGGCACCCACACCUGCACCUUCCAGCCUAGGGCUGGCAGCGCCAUCUCCGUCCUGGUGAACAUCACCCGGCUCCAUGUAGCACCCACACUCAGCUACUUCAAGGAGCCCUUCUGGCUGCACCAGGCUGUGGUCACAAAUGCCCCGCAGCUGGUGCAGGCAACAGUGUCACAGGGACAGCUAAGCCUACAGUGGCUGCCACCUCUGGAGGUGCUGGCAGAGCAGCUGGACUACCAGGUCCGUUAUGCCGUGGAAAACAGCCAUGACUGGAAGGUCUUGCAGGUCCCCCAGGCAGCCAGGAAAGAAGUCCUGGACCUACAGCCAGGUGCCCGCUACCAUGCCCAGGUGCGGGCCCAGCCCAGUGGACCAUGGUACCAGGGUAGCUGGAGUGCCUGGUCCAAACCUGUUGUGGUUGACACCAUGGCCAAUGCAGGCUGGAUCAUCCCAAGCAUUACGGUGGUGCCGCUGCUCCUCACGGGAGUGCUCCUGGGGCUGCGGUGCACCUUCCCCUCGCUCUACAGCAACGUGAAGCAGAAGCUCUGGCCUCCCGUCCCCGACCUGCACCGCGCAUUGGGCAGCUUUCUCCACGAGAGCGGCAGGCACAGCCAGGCCAGCGCCUUCUACAAGCAGCCGCCGGAGGAGGCCGUCCUGCCCUGCCUGCUGGAGGUGCUGCCGGGCCCGCGGGGAGAGGGGGCUGUACCGCCCCCACCGCCGGAGCACGCUGCCGGACGGCUGCCCAGCACCGACAUCGCCAACCAGUCCUACCUGCUCAUGAGCGGCUGGGACCCGCGCGGGCCAUCCUGAGCCGCGCCCCGCCCCGAC